AUGGACCCUGCGCCGGCGGGGCAGGGAUCCGGUGAAGACGCGGCUUCACAGGAGGCGCGGCAGCGGGUCCCCAGGAUUGAUCCAUAUGGAUUUGAAAGGCCUGAAGACUUCGACUAUGCCUCUUACGAAGAAUUUUUUUCCACCUAUCUGGUAGUACUCACCAGAAGAGCAAUAAAAUGGUCGAAGCUCCUAAAGGGAAAUAACAGUGUCCAGAAGAGUAUGAAAGUGAAGCGCUAUAUCCGGAAGGGGGUUCCACUUGAGCACCGGGCGCGCGUCUGGAUGGGGGUGAGCGGAGCCCAGGCACGGAUGGAACAGAAUCCCGGCUAUUACCACAAACUGCUCCAGGGAGAGAGGAAUGACAGCCUGGAGGAAGCCAUCCGGACAGAUAUGAACAGAACCUUUCCUGACAAUGUAAAAUUCAAAAAAACAGCAGAUCCCUGUUUACAAAAAACCUUGUACAACGUGCUUUUGGCAUACGGGCAUCAUAACCAACGUGUGGGGUACUGCCAGGGAAUGAAUUUUAUAGCUGGUUACCUGAUCCUUAUAACAAAGAAUGAAGAAGAAUCUUUUUGGCUAUUGGAUGCUCUUGUUGGAAGAAUAUUACCUGACUACUAUAGCCCAGCAAUGCUAGGUCUGAAAACGGACCAGGAAGUGCUGGGUGAGCUUGUAAGGAUGAAGAUCCCAGCCGUGGCGGACCUGAUGGAGGGGCACGGUGUGCUGUGGACCUUGGUGGUGUCCCGCUGGUUCAUCUGCUUGUUCAUUGACAUCCUACCUGUCGAGACCGUGCUUCGAAUUUGGGACUGCUUAUUCAACGAAGGCUCAAAAGUUAUCUUCCGGGUGGCCUUGACCUUGAUUAAACAACAUCAAGCCUUUAUUUUGGAAGCCACCAACUUUGCAGACAUUUGUGAUAAGUUUAAGCAGAUCACAAAGGGGGAUUUUGUAACAGAGUGUCACACAUUUAUGCAGAAAAUAUUUUCAGAACCUGGAAGCUUAUCCAUGACAACCAUCACCAAGCUUCGAGAGAGCUGCAGAGCAAAGCUCCUCACUCAGGGAUAA